AUGCCUCAUAAAGAAGGUUUCAGCAGACGAGGCUCUGAAAAUGUCCAGGCCUGGCUGAUCGGCGGCGGCAUCGCGUCGCUGGCCGCAGCGGUCCACUUGAUCAACGAUGCCAACAUCCCGGCUCAGAAUAUCCAUGUACUCGACGAACACCAGCGCCCCGGCGGAGCAAUGCAGAGUUCUGGUGAUGUAGAAAAUGGCUAUGUGCUGCGCACUGCCUGUCUCCCUUACUUCCAUGAUGUUUGCGUCGAGGAUCUUCUAUCCCACAUCCCUAGCACUAAGAACCCUAACCAAUCCAUCAUGGACAUGGUACGGCUCACACUAGAGGGAAAUGUACCGAAAAAGCCUUCAGCAUCAACCCGUCUCCUGGUGCAGGGUGCAUCGGGACCCGAGAAAGUCGAUGACCGACAGUUUCAUUUGGGAUUCAAACAUCGGUUUGAUCUCAUCAAGCUCAUGGUUGAAGGCGAAAAAGCAGUUGCCGACAAGACCAUCAAAGACCUUUUCGAUGAGUCUUUCUUUACCUCGAAGUUUUGGACGCUGUGGUCCACAACCUUUGCACUGCGACCCGAACACGGUGCAGUAGAGUUCCAGAGACAUGUGCGCAAAUACCUCGAGAAGAUCAAAGAGUUCAACUGUGUCAGCGCGUUGGAUCGAACCCAAUACACUCUCCAUGAAUCUGUCAUCCUCCCUAUUGUUUCGUAUUUGAAGAACGCCGGGGUCGACUUCCGGUUCAAUGCUAAAGUGACUGAUCUGGUCAUGUACCCCGAGGGCGAUCCAACGACCAUUUCCGAGAUCCAGCUCGUACACGAUGACAAUAAUCCUUCACUCAUUACAAUCGACCCGGUAGAUAUUGUUAUCGUCACACUUGGCUCGGUCAGUUCCGGAUCAAUGGUCGGAUCCAACAAAGUACCACCCGCGUCGAAUGAGUCCCUGGAGGAGAUCAUUACGGAUGACUGGUCCUUGUGGCAUAAGAUCGCUGCAAAAUCGACCAGGAAAUUCGGCGACCCGUCGACCUUCUCCACCCACGUCAACGACUCUCAGGUUGAAACGUUUACGGUGACCUUACAUGGUUCCAAGUUCCUCGACCUCUACGAGAAGCUGACGCACGACCAGCCCGGCGCUGGCGCCUUGGUAUCCUUCAUGAACAGCAACUGGAACUUAAGUCUUAGCGUGCCUCACCAGCCGCUCUUUUCCACCCAGCCAGACGACGUUCACAUUCUCUGGGGAUACGGCAUGAGCCUCGAGGCGCCGGGCAACUACGUGCAGAAGCCGAUGAUAUAUUGUAGCGGAGAGGAGAUAUUGUUGGAGGUGCUCGGUCACUUGCAUUUCCCUGCGCAGGAGAUCCUGCCUGGCGCGACCACGAUCCCCUGCGUGUUGCCACUGGCUACGGCCUCGUUGCUGAAACGGGCGCAUUAUGACCGACCGGAGGUCAUUCCUCACGAUACCACGAAUAUGGCAUUUGUGGGUCAAUUCGUGGAGAUUCCCCACGAUACGACCUUCAGUAUGGAAUAUAGCGUGCGCGGUGCUCAGAUGGCCGUGGAUCAUCUGAUGGGGCUUUCCAAGCGUCCUCCUGCGGUGAAAACUAACGUAUUGCAGGAAGUCUUUCAAUUGCUUUCUUAAGCGAGUACCCUCUCUUUAGGUCCUUUUGGUGCAAUUUGUCAUCAUCGUUGCGCUGGUUGCUAUGCUCGUACGCUGAUGGCUACAGAAACCAAGUUACUCUCUGCCUUUAUGUUCUCCUCCCCGACGAGGUACCCAUGAGGAUGACUGUCUUUUUGCUCUCAGUAUUGCUUCGUCUUCUGGCUGAGUAAUAACUACUCUAGUGUGAG